UAUCUGUAUCCAUCCCACCUUGGUGGGACCUUCUGCUCAAAGUGCUGUCGUCAAUCAAAUCGAGCUUGGAGGGGUCAAUGGCAACUUUAAGUGUUUGCUGUCAAGACUCAACAAUCUGACCUUGCGCAAUUAUUUUCCUUUUGCGCGUAUUUGGUCUGCGACUCGCCUGAACGUCAUCAUGACCCAGCUUGAGGAAUUCGAGCCAUUGAAAAAUGAUCUCAUCCUGAGAACAGCUUGGGGCCAAGAUGUGGAACGAACUCCAAUAUGGAUCAUGCGACAGGCUGGUCGUUACCUUCCUGAGUACCACGAAGCCAAAGGCAAGCGAGACUUCUUCGAAUGUUGCCGUGACCCCGAGGUCUCCUCGACUCUCACUCUCCAACCUAUUGAGCGUUUCGAAGGGCUCCUCGACGCCGCCAUCAUCUUUUCCGAUAUCCUCGUUAUACCGCAGGCAAUGGGAAUGAUCGUAGAGAUGGUGGACAAGCUGGGUCCGCACUUCCCGAACCCAUUGAAAUCCCCCGAUGACGGCCAAUACGAACAGGUCAUGCAGAAGAGAGUCGACGUCGCUGCGGAGCUCGACUACGUAUACAAGGCCAUUACCAUGACGAGGAAGAAGCUGAAGGGUCGUGUCCCCCUGAUUGGCUUUUGCGGCGCACCAUGGACAUUGUUGUGCUACAUGGUUGAGGGCGGCGGCACCAAGAUUUUCAAGGAGAGCAAGAAGUGGAUAUACCUCUACCCAGAUGCCGCAAAGGCCCUGCUGCAAAAGAUAUCCGAGGUCUGUGUCGAGCAUUUGGCUUUGCAGGUUAAAGCUGGUGCUCAGAUGAUACAAGUAUUUGAUUCCUGGGCGGGAGAGUUGUCCCCGUCGACAUACAAGUAUUUCAGCGAGCCCUAUCUUGCUUACAUCUCCAAGCACCUUCCCCCGAAGCUCAAGGAAAUGGGACUGGAUCCCGUACCCAUGAUCGUCUUCGCCAAGGGUGCUAACCAGUCCCUGGACUCCAUCUGCAACCUAGGCUAUGAAGUUGUUGGUCUGGACUGGCUGGUGGACCCCGCAGAAGCCGUCAAAAUCCGAGGAGACCGGCCUAUUGUGUUCCAGGGUAACGCAGAUCCGGGUAUCCUGUACGGCUCGCAUGCUUCCAUAACGGAGACAGUCGAGCAUAUGGUGAAGGGCUUCCAUGGAGACGGGAAGAAGGGUUGGAUCGGAAAUCUCGGCCACGGAGUUACGCCAUUUAUGAAGCCCGACGAUCUCAAGUUUUACUUGUCAGAGGUGAAGCGAUUGUCUGAAGCGUGAAGUUUCAAAGAGGUAGCCCGUCGAAUAUCUAGGUCUAUAACGCAUAGAUUCCCCUACCUGUAGCCCUGCCAAUAGGAGAUUCACAGCACCUCGCCAACGUGAUCUUGCCCUGCUAGGCUCUUGUAGAGACUGUGAAUAUCGACCUGUCUAGAAACGAAGUGACAUUAGCAAUCCCGUCACUCGGAGUUAUUUCAAGGCUCGGACGAACGCAAUACUACAGGACUCGGUUGCCCUGUCAUAUUUGGCUCCCAGCCAAUGAUAUCCUAGCUCCCCACGGAAAUAGCGAUUUUGGUCAACACCGGAAAGCAAAGAUGUCGGCCCAUUGAAUUAUCACUUU